AUGUCAGCAUCCUGGUGGCGCACGUUGCAGCUGCUGCUCCUGCUGAGCGCGACCUGGGCACAGGCUGGCACCCCGCGCUGCACCUACACCUUCGUGUUGCCCCAGCAGAAGUUCACUGGUGCCGUGUGCUGGAGUGGACCUGUGGCCGCGCGGCGGGAGCCCGAGGCAGUGAACGCCAGCGAAGUGGCGGCGUUGCGCGUUCGUGUGGGUCGCCACGAGGAGCUGCUGCACGAACUGCAACGGGUGGCGGCGGCAGAUGGCGCGGUGGCAGGCGAGGUGCGCGCGCUGCGCAAGGAGAGCCGUGGCCUGAGCGCGCGCCUGGGCCAGCUGCGCGCGCAGCUCCAGCACGAGGCGGGUCCAGGGGCGGGUCCGGGGGCAGUCCCGGGUCCGGGGGCGGAGCCUGCCGCGGCCUUGGCGCUGCUAGGUGAACGCGUGCUCAACGCCUCAGCCGAGGCGCAGCGUGCAGCCCUACGAUUCCACGAGCUGGACGUCAAGUUCCGCGAGUUGGCGCAGCUGGUCAGCCAGCAGAGCAGCCUCAUAGCCCGCCUGGAGCGCCUGUGCCCCGCGGGUGGAGGCGGGCAGCAGCAGGUCCUGCCACCACCCUUGGUGCCCGUGGUUCCGGUCAGUUUGGUGGGUGGUACCAAUGACAGUGGCAAGAGGCUGGAUCCAGUCCCAGAGCCCCCGAAAGGCCAGACCCUGAGACAGCAGAGGAUGCUGGUCUCACCCACUCCCACAGGGCAUUCUGCAGCCUCUACCAAGCCAGCAGGCCCGUGGCGGGACUGUGCAGAGGCCCAGCAGGCAGGUCAGGGGCAGAGUGGAGUUUAUGAGCUGCGAUUGGGCCGGCACCUAGUAUCAGCCUGGUGUGAGCAGCAGCUGGAAGGUGGAGGCUGGACUGUGAUUCAGCGGCGACAAGAUGGCUCUGUCAAUUUCUUCACUACCUGGCAGCACUACAAGGCAGGCUUCGGGCGGCCUGAUGGGGAAUACUGGCUGGGCCUGGAGGCAGUGCACCAGCUGACUAGCCGUGGGGACCAUGAGCUGCUGGUGCUUCUAGAAGACUGGGGUGGCCGUGGGGCACGUGCCCAUUAUGACGGUUUCUCCUUGGAGCCUGAGAGUGACCAUUAUCGCCUGCGGCUUGGCCAAUACCACGGUGAUGCUGGAGACUCUCUCUCCUGGCACAAUGACAAGCCUUUCAGCACUGUGGAUAGGGACCGAGAUUCUUACUCUGGUAACUGUGCCCUGUACCAGCGGGGAGGCUGGUGGUAUCACGCCUGUGCUCACUCCAAUCUCAAUGGUGUGUGGCACCGUGGUGGUCACUACCGCAGCCGCUACCAGGAUGGCGUCUACUGGGCUGAGUUUCAUGGCGGGGCAUACUCUCUCAAGAAGGCUGCCAUGCUGAUCCGGCCCCUGAGGCUGUGA